UUCUUUUCUUUCGUAAAUCGUAUUCACGUUUGUCACGUCAAUUGGGUCCGGUCAAUUAGAAAAAUUAAAUUUUCUUUGAAUUUGUGGAAAAUUAAACAAAAAACUAGUGAAAAUUGUUGAAAACUCUAUUAAGCAAUGACUGAACCAAAUGCCGCAGCGACGAUAUUGCACUUUGAGAAGCCAUCGGUGCAGUUCAAUGAAAAUGGCUGGGGACCAUGCGAGUUGCCCGAUAAUUUUAAAGAUGUGCCAUAUCAGCCAUUCAGUAAAAGCGAUCGUCUAGGCAAGAUUUGCGAUUGGACCAAUACUUCCAAUAAUGAUAAAAAAUAUCAAAACAAGUAUGCCUCUUCCUUUGGUACUGGCAAUCAAUAUGCCUAUUAUCAUGAAGAAGACGAAACUACCUUCCAUUUGGUGGACACCGCUCGUAUUCAGAAACCACCUCACCAACGUGGACGUUUCCGUAAUAUGCGUGGAUCAAGAAAUUUCAAUAGAAAUUCACGUGGCCGCAGCAACCGCGGUGGUCUUAACAAUGCAAUGACCACCUUGGGUGGCAAAAAUAAUAAAACUCGUGAUGCUCGUCGUGGUGUCAACAAGAAGUUUGGCUCUCGCAAUGCUCCUCCCAAGAUGCGUGAAUCAUCAGUGGCUGUACGUGCCGACUGGACUUCAAUCGAAGAAAUGGACUUCCCACGUUUGAUGAAAUUGUCCUUGCCCAACAUCAAGGAGGGUGAGGAUAUUGCUACUUGCGGUAUUUUGGAAUAUUAUGACAAAACUUACGAUCGCAUCAAUGUCAAAAAUGAGAAAUCUUUGCAAAAGAUUGACCGUAUUGUCCACACUGUUACCACCAUCGAUGAUCCCGUCAUUCGUCGUUUGUCCAAGACUGUGGGUAAUGUUUUCGCCACUGAUGCCAUUUUGGCCACCAUUAUGUGCUCGACUCGUUCAAAUUACUCAUGGGAUAUUGUGAUUGAGAAAUUUGGUGACAAAAUCUUCAUGGACAAGCGUGACAAUACUGAAUUCGAUUUAUUGACUGUCAAUGAGUCUUCGGUCGAACCACCAACCGAUGACGAUAGCUCUCCCAAUUCUCCCCGUAAUCUGGCCAUCGAAGCUACAUUCAUCAAUCACAACUUCAGUCAGCAAGUGUUAAAGACAGGACCCAAUGAAGCGAAAUACAAAUUUGAAGAGGCCAAUCCGUUCAUUACCGAAGGCGAAGAUAUUGAAGUGGCCAGCGUUGGCUAUCGUUACAAGAAAUGGAAUUUGGGUAGUGAUAUUGUGUUGGUAGCACGUUGCGAACACGAUGGUGUCUUACAAACACCCAACAAUGAACCACAAUUCUUGUCCAUUAAGGCUCUGAACGAAUGGGAUUCGAAAUUGGCAAAUGGUGUUGAAUGGCGUCAAAAGUUGGAUACACAACGUGGUGCUGUCUUGGCCAAUGAAUUGCGUAAUAAUGCCUGCAAAUUGGCCAAAUGGACUGUACAAGCUGUGCUGGCCGGUUCAGAUCAACUUAAGUUAGGUUAUGUCUCACGUAUCAAUCCCCGCGAUCCCUCACGUCACGUCAUCUUGGGCACCCAACAAUUCAAGCCCCACGAAUUUGCCACACAAAUCAAUUUGAGCAUGGACAAUGCUUGGGGUGUUUUGCGUUGCAUCAUCGAUAUUGUUAUGAAGCAAAAGGAUGGUAAAUAUUUGAUUAUGAAGGAUCCCAACAAGCCCAUGAUUCGUUUGUACGAUAUUCCCGAUAACACCUUCGACAGUGAUGAUUCCGAAGAUGGUGAGGGUGAUGAUGGUGAAGGCUUCCAACCUGUUUACGCUUAUGGCGGUGGUAAUAAAUAAGUUAAUUAAGAAUAAUUUACAUACAAUUUUACUGUGAGAGUGUGAACGUCGUCGUGUAUGUUCCAAAACAACAUAAAACAAACAAACAUACCCUAUUAAACUGAGGAAAAAAGUCAGCAACAAUUAAGAUUUAUAAGCAUUUUUUUUAUAAAUUGUAAUUUUUUUUUAGUUAUAUUUUAUAAAUUAUUUGUUUAAAUCAAUCACUACUACUACAACUACUUUUUGUAUCAGUUAUUUUAUAAUACAUACAUUAAUAUUAUAUGAAAACAACAACAACAACAAUAUUCCCUUUAAAUAAUAUACUUUAUAAAAUGUGUUGCUUUAAUACAAAAUUAUUAAAUAAUAAAAAGGAAAACAUGCAUCUGUAUGUUAAAGCAACUAAGGAAA